AUUUUGAAUUUUCAAGUUAGUAUGUUGAACUUUCAAGUUAGAAUGUUGAAUUUUCAAGUUAGUAACUUGAAUUUUCAAGUUCGUAUUUUGAAUUUUCAAGCUAGUAUGAUGAAUUUUCAAGUUAGUAUGUUGAAUUUUCAAGUUAGUAACUCGAAUUUUCAAGUUAGUUACUUGAAUUUUCAAGUUAGUAUGUUGAAUUUUCAAGCUAGUAUGUUGAAUUUUCAAGUUAGUAUGUUGAAU